CUCACGAAUUGUGUGUUGCAUAUCUUGUCGCAGUGAUUGAAGUGACGUGGUUAAGAGUAUAAUUAAAAAUUUUAAAAAAUGAAUUUAAUAACAGUUUUAGAAUUAGUAUUUUUCAUUGGACUAUUUCAGUUAUCUUCUGCUCUUUAUUUUCACAUAGGAGAAACCGAAAGAAAGUGUUUCAUCGAAGAAAUUCCGGACGAUACGAAUGUUAUAGUUAAUUACAAAGUCGAGCUAUAUGAUCCCAGAACAGGAGGGUUUAUGCCUUCCUCACCAGGCAUAGGAAUGCACGUUGAAGUUCGAGAUCCUGACGACAAAGUAAUUUUGUCUCGCGUUUAUAGUUCUGAGGGGCGCAUUUCGUUUACUUCUCACGCCCCCGGGGAGCACGUAAUUUGUAUGUACAGUAACAGCAGUGCUUGGUUUGGUGGUUCACAAUUGAGGGUCCAUUUGGACAUUCAAGUUGGUGAGCAUGCAAUCAACUAUGGGGAUGUUGUUCAGAAAGAAAAAUUAUCUGAGUUACAAUUAAGAAUUCGUCAACUUCUUGAUCAAGUUGAACAAAUAACCAAAGAACAGAACUAUCAAAGAUAUCGAGAGGAAAGAUUUAGACAGACAAGUGAAAGUACAAAUUCAAGAGUACUGUGGUGGUCUAUAAUACAAACAGUCAUUCUUCUUGCUAUGGGUGCUUGGCAAAUGAAUCACUUAAAACGUUUCUUUGAAGCAAAAAAAUUAGUUUAGAAGUUUAUUUGGUUUUUUUGUUUUAAUUGCUUCUUUUGUAAUAAAACUAAAAUUUC